AUGUGGGGGAGAUCAGUGCAGGAGAUGUUUGAGCAGCUACAUGAAGAUACCGAGCGAGUGCAGUUACCAAAUGAUGAUGCAGCUUUGUCUGGAGAUCACGAACCAGAUUACGACACUGCUAUUGCCCAAACCCCUCAUGCUUCUUCUGGGAAUGAUGGCGAAGGUCCGGGGGAUGCAUCCCCUGGAAAACAGAGCGAGCUGUCUAGGAUGGAGCGUGAGUUGGGAAUGGCACAGUCAACAACCCGAGAACUAGACGAACAAGAGCUUAUUCCGGAUUACGGGCGUGGAGACUUGGGAGGACAGGUGCAGACCGGUGAAGGGGGUAUUCAGAAACUGGAUGCCCAAGCAAGUGGUGCUCAGAGCACACAGGUGCCCGCUCCAGAUCUCAUGAGCCAGCUUGGAGUCCUUUUACAAUCAACGCUGCAGUCGAAUCUGUUGCCUAUGUUAGACGAGGUGCGGAUGACUCAAGCUACGGUUCUAUCUCGGUUGGAUAAGCUGGAAAGUGAGCAAAGGUUGAGCGCGGCAGGAUCGGAGGACCCAAGGGAGCGACGGGCAAAGAGCCCCGGUUCCAGUCAGAGGAGUGUGGGACCAAUGAGGCGACCCGGAUCUUCUCACCGUGAGGUUGAAGCUGUUGGUGAUCAUUUGGCUGGGAUGAAGCUGGAGUCUGGGAUGGCGGAAACGGCGGUGAUGAAGCAUGAGCAUAGCGAGACGGGGUUGUUGGGGGUUCAAAGUCGUUUCUCUGACCGUGGCACGGGGCAGGCGUUGCAGUCAGAAUUCUCCAUGUUGGCUAUCGCAGGUGAUGAGGUUGCCAAAGAGGGGAAUCAUGUAACUUUACACAUGACAUGGAUGAACUCUGGAAAGACCGGACUUCUGGAUUCAGGAGCUUCUACUUGCUUAAGGCGGUUGGUCCGUGACGAGGAUGAGACACUGCUGGUCUCCCGAACGGUGGAGCUCGCAACAGGCACAGCUGAGAUGUUGGUAAACCCAUUCGGUACGCUGCUUGCUAGAGAGGACGUGGAGUGUAUCGUAGCGUUGAAGCCAUUGAUUAGCAUGGGGUGCAAGUGGGAAUGGUCGGAAGACAAGUGCGUCUUGCAUCACCCUCAUAGGGGAGAUAUCAAACUGGAUACCUCAUCGGGUUGCCCUCGAAUGCCGGAAAGCUUAGCGCUGAAGCUGAUUCAGGAUGCUGAGGAAGCGGUGAAGCAGAAAGUGGUUUUUGCUUUGAGGGCAGUACAAAUCCUGCAGGAGUCCUCGCAUUUGGAGGUUGAUGAGGUGUUGGGGAAGUUGGUGGUUGCGAUUCACACAGGAGUGGAGGUAGCAGCACACCUAGGGGCAACAGCUAGGGCCAUGUGGCCCAACCUCGAUGAGGACUUGGUUCAGGAUCUCCAGAGAUGGCCGCGACAGGACUCGAAUGCGGUAAUGUGGAAUAGGAGAAAGCGGAGAGCAGUAGUGAAGACCGGGGGAGUGUUGAUCCAGAUCGGAAAGUGUAAGGAGGAGCGUGCAAUAAAGCAAUACGGCGCAGCUUUAGGAUGGGAAAUCUUGCAGGUCACGGAACAACUCACUGAUCCGCAUGAUUUUCGGUACCUCCUUGAAGUGGUUACCUCUGGGAAGGUUCGGGGGAUAAUCGCGGGAGAUUGUGGCGAAGCUGAAACUUUGACAGCUUUGUAUACCACACUGCUGAUGCAGAUCAACCAUGUGGUUGAGGGUGAGUGUCCCGAGGUGAAGCCUUUCUCCAUCCUUGUGGGGCCUAUGGCACAUGGUUUGCAGAAGUGUUGCGAUCAAGCUGGGUUUCGGCAAGCUAGCUCGGUGGAGUCUUGGAGGCGCGGAGUAGAACUCCUCGCUAGACGGGCAGCGUGUAUUAGUAAGAUGAAGCCGUUCGAUAUGACGGAGCAUGUUAGAGCCGGCCACUGGCCACCGCAUAAUGAUAUCAGCCAGAAGCGGAGAUACGGACUGGUUGCAGUGUUAACGGUUCCAGUGGACAAGCAAGGCAAGCCCGUGUUAGGAGACAAACAGGAGCAGGAUCAGGCGAAGGAGGGUGAUAAAGAUUACGGGCCUGAGCUUUUACCACCUGGCGGGAUUUGGGAUGAUGUGGAGUGGGUUGAGGAGAUGCUGGUUGACAAGGAGGGAGCACAAGCGGAGCAGGCGUGUGAACAGGAUCAACCAGAAGGGGAACAUGCGAGAGAGAUGAGUGAUCAGGGAUUUGAGGGAGAGAUAGAGUUGGAGGUUGACGCGUCAGGUGAAGAAGAUGCCAAGGUCCGGGAUGGGGGGAGCCCAGUGAGUGGCCCCUUGAGCCCGGCAGAUGAGGCAGACGACGAUGAAGGCAUGAAGUUGCAACUUGAAGUUGGAGAGCCCGAAACUGAGGGCGAGGAUCCAGAACAUGAGCAUGCGCAUGGUGGAGAAAAUGACUCAGAGGCAGAUGAUUGUAACGAGGAUUUAGGAAAGUGUGAGCAGUAUGUUCGUCAACUAGAUGAAGCUCAGCUGAGAUUGAGCUCUUUCGCCGAAGAUCGGUUAGCCGCGUGGAUAAGCAGUGAGCCUCGGGAUCUAGGGGAGGGAGAGAGUGACAGUGAAGGAGAGGAGAUGAAACAGAUGAGGGAGCUUUGGGAGAGGAUCGGAAACAUUCAACAUGAGCUCAAGUCACUGACGCAUGAGACAUUGGGUGAAAUCCGCGAGCGCGUAGGCGUAGAGGAAGCUCCGUCUGAAGGGGAAGUUUUUCAAACGCGAGUAGUGGGUUUAGCGGAGGCCUUGGCCAGAUGGGAGGUUUGGGAAGGUCCGGCGCAAGAUGAGCUGAACUCGCUUAUUCUUGAGAAAGGUGCGUUGGUGAAUGUCAGUUGGGCGGAUGUGCGGAAGUGGCGUGAGCGUGGAGUUCGCGUCACCAUACUGCCAUCGAAGCUUGUUUUUUCCAUUAAAGCACCUAAUGCCAGGCACAAGGUGAGAGUAGUGGCAUGCGGAAACAUGGGGCCGCCGAGAGAUGAGAGCAAGCAUGAGUACAAAGAGUCCGUGUUCACCUCGUCACUGGACAUAACACACUUGCGGUCAGCAUUGGCUUUCUCUGCCAAAAGAGGUCAGGAAGUAGCCACGGUAGACGUCAGAACUGCCUUUCUCAACGCUGACUUGCUUCCUCGAUCUAGACAGCUUGCAGAAAAGCUAGCCGAGAGCGGAGAGAGUUGUGAAGGACAAGGUGACAUCCGGGAUUCGGUUCAGGAGUUGGUAGUCCUAACGCCGCCACGGUCUCUCGUACAACGGGGUCUAGUUCGACCUUCCACCCUGUGGAGGGUGGAUAAGGCGAUGUAUGGGCUAGAUACGAGCCCCAGGGACUGGGGUCUUCAUCGAAACUCGGCUUUGAGGGACUUGAGGAUCAUCGUUGGUGAUAGGGAAUUACGACUUUGGCAGUCGUUUGCUGAUGAGAACUUGUGGUUGAUUUCGGAAACGGAGCCGAUUCAGGAUUGGUGUGGACCUCAGGACUGGACGCCUUUAGGACUUCCGGCGAAGAUCCUUGGAUGGGUAGGCGUGUACAUCGAUGACAUGAUUAUUGGAGGUGACAAAGCGGUUGUUCAAGGGGUUCUGGACGCAGUGACGGCUCGGUGGAAAUGCGGGACACCCGAAUGGGUAGGUCAUGAGUCGUCUCGGCCUCUGAGGUUUCUUGGCUUAGAUCUUCAUUGGGGUGAGGGCCGGAACCUUCAUAUUACGCAAACCGCUUACAUCAAAGAGCUCGGAGCCAGAUACCAGGAGCAACUUAGCAGGGUCAAGGCCAGCAACUGUCCGAUGGCCCCGGGGACCGGUGAAAUCGAUGAAGAACCGGAGAAAGAAAUCAGCGACAUACGCAAGGGGCAAAAGAUCUUAGGCGAACUUUUAUGGACAGCGGUUCGUAGUAGACCCGACAUAUCGUUUGCGGUGUCGAAGCUAUCUCAAUGGAUCACGAAGGCACCCCGAAAGGUGUACGACCUAGCACUGCAGACAUUGGCCUACUUGUGUGAUGUGCCCGACGUGGGCUUGGUGUAUGAAGCUGGCGAGCCUGAGAAGCCACAUCCAUGGCAACGGACCUUGAAAGAAAGAUGGAGCAUGAACUUUUAUGAAAUCUUCCAUGUCGAUGGCGUGCACAACGGGGAACCGCAGGACGGGGCCAUAGAUUGGGGCGUCUUCAGUGUGAUUGUCAUUGGCGUGGUAGAUGCUGUGUCAGAUGAGGAGAGAGAAACCGAACCAGCACCAAAUCGUACGGCCUUCGGCCAGCCGCGUAGCCCACUAAUGACUCAGUAUGCUGAUGACGCUAUCGCGGUGUUGGAUCGGGCGGAAGUGGCCUUUGAAGCCAACCAGCGGAGAAUGUUAGGUUUGCCUCCGUACCCUCUCGUUGUUAUCAAUCCAGCCUGGGGGCCAGCUCCCAAUCAGCCGACGGUCAGAGAAUUGAGACGAGGUCAGGCUUCUUGGGGUGGGAUUGCAAGCUCGCUUCAUCACCGGCCGCCUGCCACGGAAAGACGAGACAGCUACCAGUUGGAUCAAGCCCGUUGGGUCCUGAUACGAUGGCAUGUUCGAGGACGAGUCCGGUUGUUUGACCCCACAUCAACACGGAUUCCGAUUGACAUCAGAUGCUUAUCUGGUAGACGGCGAACUCUCAUCAUCAAGAACACCGACGAGCGGGAGAUUGUCGAUGACAACUUCCGAGACCAAGCGCAGCGAUAUCUCCAGAGCGAGUGGGUUGGCCGAACAGAGUUCGAGGUACUGCCCGAUCUGUACAGAGCAUUCGUGAGGGAUCCUGCGGAAGUGGAUUGA